GCCAUUGGACCCGUCACCAGGUGACAUCGACCUCCGCCCUCUCAGGCCUGCCCCUUCUCUAACGACCACCACCAAUGGACCACGGAUCGGCCGAAGGUGACGAGGAAGACUGGAGUUUCAUCACCAAUUCCUUCGCCGCCGUUGCUGCCACCGCCGCCGCCACAAAACCUCCGUCGCAACCUCAACCUCACGACGGUCAAACUGCCCUCGGCUACGAGUCUCCCGGCACCCCCACCGUCGCCGCAGACCCGAUCUCCUUCCGCCGCCUCAGCCUCGACAACCCCCCUCCCACCGCCGCCGCGACCAGUCGUUCCUAUGCCUUCCCCCAGCCCAACCUCCCUCAUCCUAUUCCGCCCCUGUCCGACAGAGGCGCCCAUGGCCCGCCUCCUUCGGCUCCCCGUCUCUCUGGCUCCCUCUCUGAAUUCACCGGCAUGGCCGUCCGACAUGGCAUAUUUCGACCCCCUACCCGGGCCCCCGUUCACCCGGGGACGCCACCAUCGAUCGAAUUGAGGCCCCACCCCCUCCGGGAGACUCAGGUUGGGUGCUUUAUCCGGACGAUCGCCGGAUCCACGUCGCAGAUCUGGGCGGGAACGGAGAAUGGCGUUCGGGUCUGGAACCUUUCCGAUGUGUUUGAGGGGUUUGGACGCGGUGGUUUUGCUUCGUGGAAGCCAGGAAGGGGAGAUGAGGAGAGCGCGCCGUUCAGGGAGUCAUCUUUUACAUACCCGACGAUCUGCUUGGUGGUUGAUUCGGAUCGUGGGUUUGUGUGGAGUGGUCACAAGGAUGGGAGGAUUCGGAUUUGGAGAGUGGAGCAGCCUGAGUCAAAUAAUUCGGCACCAGAGAGAGGAAAUCUUGCAGAAUGCCUCUCGUGGCAGGCACAUCGAUCACCUGUUCUCUCGAUGGCCAUAACUUCACAUGGUGAACUUUGGUCUGGCACUGAAGGUGGAGUGAUAAAAGCCUGGUCUUGUAAAGCCAUCUAUAAAUGUUUCACUCUUAGGAAGGAUGAAAGACAUAUGGCUUCUCUUUUAAUUGAAAGAUCUUCUGUUGAUCUCCGAAGCCUGGUAACUGUUGGAGGAGUGUGUUCCUUGCCUACUGCAGAUAUCAGAUAUUUACUGUCUGAUAAUUUCUCUUCAAAAGUUUGGAGCUCGAGCUGCCUUUUAUUUGCACUUUGGGAUUCACAUACAAAGGAACUUCUGAAAGUCUUCAACAUAGAUGGUCAGGUUGAGACUAGGUUUGACACAUUCCAAGUCCAAGAUUCACAUGAAGAGGGUGAUGCCAAGAUGAACUUUUUGUCUACCUCAAAAAAGGCUAUUAGCUUCCUCCAGCGUUCACGACAUGCACUUUUGGAAGCUGCUGAUGCUGUUAAGAAAGCUGCAGUCAAGGGGGCAUUUGGUGAUGAUUGUCGCAGAAUGGAAGCAUUAACAAUAUCUGUGGAUGGAAUGAUCUGGACUGGAUGUGCAAAUGGUCUACUCAUUCAGUGGGAUGGAUAUGGCCAUCGAUUACGUGAAGUUCAACAUCAUUCAUCUUCCAUUCAGUGUCUUUGUACCUUUGGAACAAGAUUGUGGGUUGGCUAUAUGGAUGGCAUGAUGCAGGUGAUGAAUCUCGAGGGAAAAUUGCUUGGAGGAUGGAUUGCUCAUAGUAGCCCAAUAAUAAACAUGGCUGUUGUGGGUCCUUAUAUCUUUACAUUGGCUAAUCAUGGUGGCAUUCGUGGAUGGUAUGUGACAUCUCCAGGACCUCUUGACAGUGUACUGCAAUUGGAGCUAACUAAUAAUAAUGCAUCAUAUACGAGACUAGCAAACCUUAGAAUUUUGGCUGGUAGUUGGAAUGUUGGACAAGAAAGAGCAUAUAAUGAUUCACUUAUGAGUUGGCUUGGUAGUGCAACACCAGAAGUUGGACUCAUUGUUGUUGGGUUGCAGGAGGUGGAAAUGGGUGCUGGGUUUCUUGCGAUGGCUGCGGCAAAAGAAACUGUAGGGCUUGAGGGUAGUGCUAAUGGGCAUUGGUGGCUGGAUGCCAUUGGAAAGGUCCUGGUUGAAGGAACUCUUUUUGAGCGCAUUGGUUCCAGACAACUUGCUGGGUUACUCAUUGCUAUAUGGGCUAGAAAGAGUCUUAGGCCAUUCAUUGGUGAUGUUGAUGCAGCAGCUGUACCAUGUGGCUUUGGGCAUGCAAUUGGAAACAAGGGAGCUGUAGCUUUGAGGAUGAGAAUCUACGAUCGGAAAAUAUGCUUUAUUAACUGUCAUUUCGCUGCACAUUUGGAAGCACUGAAUCGGCGGAAUGCUGAUUUUGACCACAUCUUCUGGACUAUGACUUUCAGCCCAUCUUCAAAUGGACAUAAUACUGCUGCAGCCGGUGCUUCUUCUGUUUAUCCGCAUCGUGGAGGAAAUGCCAAUAUCGAUAGAACACCUGAGUUAUCAGAAGUGGAUAUGGUUGUAUUUCUUGGUGAUCUCAACUAUAGGCUUCAAGGCAUCACAUAUGAAGAAGCAAGAUACUUCAUCUCUCAAAGACGCUUGGAAUUGCUUACAGAAAAGGAUCAGCUUCGAGCUGAAAUGAAGGCAGGAAGAGUUUUUCAAGGAUUUCGGGAAGGAGUCAUCAAGUUCCCUCCAACGUAUAAAUUUGAAAAACACCUAACAGGCCUAUCAGGAUAUGAUUCCAGUGAAAAGAAGCGUAUUCCUGCUUGGUGCGACAGGAUAUUGUAUCGUGACAGCUGUUGUGAUUCAAGAACUGAAUGUUCAUUAGCUUGCCCUGUGGUUUCUUCUAUUUGUAUGUAUGAUUCUUGCAUGGAUGUGACAGGAAGUGAUCACAAACCUGUCAAGUGCAUAUUCAAUGUUGAUAUUGCACAUGUAGAUGAAUUGACUAGGAGGCAAGAGUUUGGAGAAAUAGUUUUUUCCAAUGAAAAAGUAAGGAGGUUGAUAGACGAUUUUGGCAAUGUUCCAGAAACUACUUUUAGCAGCAACAACAUAACCCUGCAAGGCAAUGACAUCACUGUCCUGAGAAUAACUAACAAAUGCAGAAGAGAUGGAGCUGUCUUUCAAUUCUUUUGCGGAAGUCAGUCCGCUGUCAAGGAGAGUGAACAAGCAUCUGUGCAUAGUUCAAGAGAUCCCUUUGGCUUUCCUAAUUGGCUAGAGGUCACACCCAGGACAGGGAUAAUCAAGCCUGGCAAAACUGUACAAGUGUCUAUGUGGCAUCAAAAUAUUGAUACUGUUGAUGAGUUCACUGGCAGAAGUCACAAAACACAACAAAACAACGAUUCCAGUGACAAAGUUGCAGUACUGAAAGUAAGAAUCACAGGCAACUAUCCAACCGAUUGUAAAAGUUACGAGAUCCAUGUGUCUCACUGCUCAUCCAAUAAUCGGUAUGUGGAAUCUAGAGGUGUCUCCAGAUGGUCUCCACCUAAUCUUAUUUGAAGACCGGACGGAUGUUUGGAACAUUAAGAUCAUCACUACAUAUUCGAAGCUCAUGUUCUUGGUCCAAACCAACCGCCAACACACCUGGAGGCCAUUCAAUAGUUGUUCAUAAAUACAUGUAUAAAAAAAAGAGAGAAAAACAUCAUAUCCUUUACAAAAUUUUCUGUUCCUAGCGGCGGAAGAAGAAUUACCCAGCUAGCUAUUUGUUCUGCUCAUCAUCGUCAGAUGGUGCUUUGGGAGAUCUCGGUGACAAUAGUCAUCGAUAGAGGUUACACCUUUUGGACUUGUGUUUUUUAGCUUCUGUUCAUGACAAGGCAGGAGAGAGAGUGAUUUGUGGCUUGUUCCUGAAACUUGGUGCGAUGUGAACUUAAAUCUAAUUGUCAGCCAACGAUUUCUUGGCGAGAUGAGACUGUACCCCCGCACUCAUCUGGUAAUUUUAAGUGGUUGCCAUUUUUUGUGGUUGAAA